CCAGGUUACGUCGGGUGCUUCCGGGUGUCGCGAGGCGCGUCUGAACCCGGAAGAACGUUCCGGCAGGGACUCGGCAACUUCCGCCAAUCUCCGGAACAGCCUCGGUCCUUUCCGCCGAAUGCCUCCUCGCGUAAGUGGGUGAACUUGAGUUCGGGUGCUUUCGGCUCUUCCCGCCUCUUCCGCUGGCUCCGCCCCCUUGGCUCUGCGCCAGGUGAAAAUGGACCCCUCGACCGAGGAAGAAAUGGGGAGGAACGGGGCGUGCUGAGCAGGGAGCGGACCCAGGAUGUCCGAGCCGCUGCCCCUGUCCUAUGUGACUGCGCAGGAAAUGCGCUGCCUCUUGCACUGGCUGUCAGGCUGGGCCCCGGCGCAGCGUGAGCGCUUCCUCCGUGACCUGGUGGACAAGGCCGUGCCCUGGAAGGUGCUCCCGCUGCUGGAGGGGCUGGCGGGGCUCAGCAUGCAACCUGGGAAGCCCCCGUCCAUCUUUGAGUGCCAGAUGCGCCUCUGGGACCAGUGGUUCCGGGGCUGGUCGGAGGCUGAGCGCAAUGAAUUUGUCAGACAGAUGGAGGAGGCUGCUCCGGACUUGGCGGCCCGCUUCUACCAGGAGGUGGCAGCCACGGCAGGCCAGGCGUGAAGGGGACCUGCGCUCUCCACGGCGCCCCCAAAGAGCCGCUGUGGCCUCUCCGUCAUUCCUCGGUGUUGUGCUAAACCGACUCCCCCAGUAACUCACCAAACCGUGUGUGACCGUGAGUCGUAACAAAUCAGAAUAAAUAUUACAUGCCAAAUGCAAAGGAUUAAAAUAUUCCAAUGGGC